CGCAACCGGUACGUGUAGAGAAAUGAAACCUUGGUGCUAGCACCAACUACCCAAACGUGGCAAGACAGUUUCACCCCGAGGCAGAUUUAACCACCCCCAUUCAGUUUCAGAAAACAAGAGAAGUUGAGAGACAUGGCAGGGGAAGAAGAAGACUGGAGAAGAAAUGCAGACACCCACAAGAUGAGUCCUGAAGAAGUGAAGAAAGCAGGUGUGGAAGGAUCCAGGCGGCCACCAGGUCAACACCCUGGUGAAGUGCUACACCAAAGACGCAAUCUGCCAUUCAGCCCCACCACCAUGGCAGUUGCCGGCUUCCUCAUCGUUGCUACGCUGGGAUACCUAAUGCUAUAUGCUAAGAAAAAGCCUGAAGCUGACGCCUGUGAUGUUGCCAAGGUGUCGGCUAAUGUCGCCUGGCCGGAGGAUACUCAUCCGAGGAAGUAGUCUGUUUUCUAAGUUCUGGUGUGAUUAUUUGCAUUGCUUAGAUGGUUCAUAUCGGUAAAAUUCAAAAAGGUGCAUUUUGUGUAUUCAGUAUAUGCAAAUGUUUCGUCUCCUAGAGCACCCAAGAACAGAUAUUCUUACACUUGAAUUUGAACCAAUUCAAAUACAUUAAACAUGGAUAAUAUA